AAAACGCCACUUUCACUGGCUGCGGAAUAUGGCCACUUGGCUGUAGUUAUAUUUUUAGCUGGAAAAGGCGCUAAUUUUGAACGUCCUGAUAUUUCUCAUAAGACGCCGUUAUCAUUGGCUGUUGAAAAGGGUCAUUUCGAAGUUGUGAAAUUCCUGGCUGGGAAAGGUGCUAAUACUGAGAGCAAGGAUCGUUAUGGUAAAACGCCGGUUUCAAAAGCUGUUGAGAACAGCAGGUUGGAUAUUGUUAAAUUCCUAGUUGAGAUGUGUUAA